AUGUCGACUGAGGAUUACGACGAGUUCGGCAACUACAUUGGUGGCGACCUCGACUCGGACGACGACUCGGACGUCGACAUCGAGCCGGCUGUCGCUGCGCCAUCCGCUCCUGGUCCGUCGACCACUGCAGGUGGCUAUGCGCCGCUCGAGGGCUUUGACGAGGAUGACGACGAGGACGAGGCGAUGGACGAGGAUGGAGGCAUGGCCAUGACCUUGCACACUGUGGAUGGUACAACAGGAAACCAGGUUGUGCUGCACGAAGACAAGAAGUACUAUGCGACGGCGGCAGAGACAUAUGGCGAGGAUGUCGAGACCAUGGUGCAAGAGGAAGACUUGCAACCUCUCACCGAGCCCAUUGUCGCACCUGUCAAGGUGCGGGCGUUCACCGUGCAGGAGAAGGACCUCCCGGAGACUCGGUUUGACCGCAACUUCAUGGUCGACAUGCUGCAGUACCCGGACAUGUUGCGCAACGUCAUGGUCGCUGGCCACAUUCACCACGGCAAGACGUCUCUGAUGGACAUGCUCGUGUUUGAGACCCACAAGCUCACAUGGGAUGCCGACCGGCCAACGCGUUACACCGACACGCACAGGCUGGAGCGCGACCGUGGAAUCUCCAUCAAGGCCGCGCCCAUGUCGCUUGUUCUCCAGGACUCGCGCGGCAAGUCGAGCCUAGUCAACCUCGUCGACACGCCCGGCCACGCCAACUUUGCCGAUGAGGUCGCGUCUGUCGCGCGCCUGGUGGACGGCGUGGUGUUGGUGGUGGAUGUGGUCGAGGGUGUCAUGGCAGGCACCGAGGCCGUCAUCCGACAUGCCAUGCAGGAGAAGCUCAAGAUUGUGCUGGUCGUCAACAAGAUUGACCGCCUGAUUCUCGAGCUCCGCCUGCCCCCCGCCGAGGCCUUCUUCAAGAUCAAGCACACGAUCGAGGAGGUCAACUCGGUCAUCGCCGGUAUCGACAAUGACGACCAGUACCGCGUGUCGCCCGAGCGCGGCAACGUCGCCUUUGCGUCGGCGCAGAUGGGUUGGUGCUUUACCCUCAACACGUUUGCGGCCAUGUACGCCGACAUGUUUGGUGCCUUUGACAUUGACGAGUUUGCCAAACGUCUCUGGGGCAACAUUUACUUUGACGCCGAGAAGCGCAAGUUUACGCGCAACCCAGCCGACGUCGAGUCCAAGCGCUCGUUUGUCCACUUUAUUCUCGAGCCCCUGUACAAGCUGUACACUCAGGUCAUGAGUGAGAGCUCGGACACGCUCAAGAAGACUCUGGCCGACCUGCACAUUACCCUCAAGCCCUCCGUGUACAAGAUGGACGUCCGUCCUCUGCUCAAGGUCGUGCUCGAGGCCUUCUUUGGCAACGCUACGGGCCUUGUCGACAUUAUCACUACCAACAUUCCCUCCCCUCUUCAGAACGCCGCCUCCAAGGUUGAGCGCACGUUCACCGGUCCCCUCAACACCCCGCUCGCCGAGUCGCUCAUGCGCUGUGACCCCAAGGGCCCUACCGUGGUGCAAGUCACCAAGCUCUUCCACACCUCGGACGCGCAAGAGUUCCGCGCGUUCGGUCGUGUCAUGAGCGGUACUGUCAAGCGCGGCCAGCCCGUCUACGUCCUUGGUGAGGGCUACUCCCUCGAGGACGAAGAGGACAUGGUUGCCGCCAUUGUGGACGGUGUCAUGCUCGACGAGUCGCGCUACAACGUCGACAUUGACACUGGUUACCCCGGUAACCUCGUGCUGCUGUCUGGUGUGGACGCGUCAAUCAGCAAGACGGCCACUAUUUACGAGCGCGGUCUCGACGACGACAUGUACAUCUUCCGCCCCAUCAAGCACAUGACCCAGGCGGUGCUCAAGGUCGCGGUCGAGCCCAUUGUCCCCUCCGAGCUGCCCAAGAUGCUUGACGGCCUGCGCAAGGUUAACAAGUCGUAUCCUCUGUUGCACACAAAGGUGGAAGAGUCUGGCGAGCACAUUAUCCUCGGUACCGGUGAAAUCUACCUCGACUCGGUGCUUCACGACUUGAGACGACUGUACUCUGAGAUUGAGAUCAAGGUGUCGGACCCCGUCACCAAGUUCUGCGAGACGGUUGUCGAGACGUCGGCUCUCAAGUGCUAUGCCGAGACGCCCAACAAGAAGAACAGGCUGACCAUGAUCUCCGAGCCCCUCGAGACUGGCAUUGCCAACGAUAUCGAGUCGGGCAAGGUCACCAUGAAGAUGACCAACAAGGAGCGUGGCAAGUUCUUUGAGAACAACUAUGGGUGGGACCUGCUGGCGUCUCGUAACAUUUGGGCGUUUGGACCCGACGACAAUGGACCCAACGCUCUUAUCAACGACACGCUGCCGUCCGAGGUCGACACCAAGCUCCUCACCAGCGUGCGCGAGAGCGUCAAGCAGGGCUUCCAGUGGGGUACCCGUGAAGGCCCCCUGUGUGACGAGCCGAUCCGCGGCGUCAAGUUCCGUCUGCUCGACGCCACCGUCGCCGAGGAGCCAAUAUACCGCGGUGGCGGUCAGAUCAUCCCGACCGCCCGCCGCGUGUGCUACUCGUCCUUCCUCCUUGCCUCCCCGCGUCUCCUGGAGCCAGUCUACUACGUCGAGGUCCAGGCUCCCGCCGACUGCGUGGCUGCCGUCUACACUGUCCUUUCCAGGCGACGUGGCCACGUCACCCGUGACAUUCCCAAGCCCGGAUCCCCUCUGUACACCGUCAAGGCGUUCAUCCCCGUUCUGGACGCAAACGGAUUCGAGACCGACCUGCGUACAGCCACCAUGGGCCAGGCGUUUGUCCAAAUGUCCUUUGACCACUGGCAGGUCGUCCCCGGUGACCCCACCGACACGUCCAUCCAGCUCCGCCCCCUCGAGCCCGCACAGGGUCAGGCGCUGGCGCGCGACCUGGUCCUCAAGACGCGUAGGAGGAAGGGUCUUUCCGACUCGAUUGCAGUGGCCAAGUAUCUCGAGCCGGACACGAUCAUGGCUAUCAGUGCCGCACACCCUGAUCUUUUGGGUUAG